AUGCAGUUUCUCAUAUACUUCCUAAUAUUCCUCAGCUCAGUAAGGUGUGCUGUAAUCCCCGACAUAUCAUCAAACGACGAUGUGGUCUGGGAAAGCGACAAAGCGUCAGAUUUGAGCUCGCAAACAAUUAUGGUGGGGGAACCUUAUGUUAUGAACACUAAGUCUGUCGAUAUUAAGUCUGUGAACACGGAAUCCUUAAGUCGAGUAUCGGCAUUGAUUGCUCCUAGUCCAUCAUCUGCUGUUGUAGUGAUGAUCGAAACUUCUGCAGAUAAAACUGAUAGCUCUGUCGUUCUCACAAGCGCAAAGAGCACGUUUACAACUAUGUUUGCAAAUGAACAGGUAGAGACCUCUGGAAAAAUUACAACUUUACUCACGCUGUCCGCUUCGACAACGACUUCGAUUCUAUUCUCUACAUCAGGGGCGAUUCAGUCUUCGCUGCUCAACGGGACAACAUUAACUUCUAUUCCAACUAAUUCUCGCAACCCACUGGUGACUCAAAAACCAUCCCAGUCUGCUCAAAGCACCGUGAUAAACCCUGUUACUUUGAGUGCAAACAAAACCUUGCCAGCCACCUCGGAGACGGCCGUCUACUCAUCGAUGCUGCCUUUCUCAAAUGUCACUUCAGAACGUACUUUUUACUCAACGGUGUACUCACUUGCUGGCUCGUCGUUAUCGAACCCUUCAGCCGCUUCUCAAAAUUUCAAUUCAUCAGCUACGGCGUCCACAACAGGUAAAAGCAGUCUCGUGGCCACGUCAGGAAGUUUGCCUAGUGGUACGACGCAGAUAACAAAGCCUUUAUUAUCAACUUCGCAGAUAAUUGCCAGUUCAGAAAGCUCUCAAACAGGAACCUCUGAGCCUACGGUCACAUCGCCUAUUAUAACUACAUCAUCAGCUUCCCCUUCAUCUUCUUCGUCUCCGUCGACAGCUGAGAUAGCCCAGAUUGUCAACUUGUUCGAUGCAAUUUCAACCGAAACGCCACCAAACGUGUUCCCUAGAGCCCCAAACCCAAUGUCUCUAGCUGAUGGCGUCUCUAAUGACGGUCCAGUUCAGACAAACAAAUUCUACACUAACUUAAUCGUUGGAAGCCAGAAUUCCGCAGCCUUUGUUUACCCAUACUCUUUGAGGAGACAUGGCUCCGGGCAGGACAUUGGGAUAGCCGUACAGCACACAACAACCUCCCAGUACUCAUUUGGUAAUUAUGAUUCGAACGGCAACUCGCAGUUCCUAAUCAAUCCUCUCAAUAUUGGUGAAUUGGUCUUGUCAUCUGCAAAUUUCGAUUCCGCUGCCGCCGUGAAAGUCGACAAUAUGAAAACAUCCUCGGCAACCGUGAAGCUGGUUCAAGGAGCUAGCAGUGAGGAUUACCUUGAACUUCCCCUGGUUCAAGGUAUGGGAUUUGCCACAGGUGUAUAUCAUGGGUCCUUGAUCGCUAAGCUUGGUUCUGAGGUCGGCUUCAAAACGCUUCUACAGGAAAAGUCCCAAUUUCUGGCCGAUGGGAUCCUCAAAUACCGGGUUGAACUACUGAAUGGUUUUUCUUGGCUUUGCUAUAUCGUUGUCCCGGAUAACAUGUCCAAAGAUGACUUUAAGCUACAAGCUCAGAAUGCUUAUUCUGUCACUGCUAACCUCGCUGUGGACGGUCUGAUCAUGCAGGUUGCCAUUGCCCCGGAUGAUUCUAAUCUUGAAGUCUUCUACGAUGAGGCUGCUGGUAUGUAUGCCUACGAAUUGCAAUUGUCAGGCAGCUCAGAUGGUAAUGUGGCAAAUUAUGAGUUUCAAUAUGCUACCGAAGGCGAAUCCUUGUCUGGUAAUACGAUGAUAUUUGCUCUUCCGCAUCAUGCUAAUGCAUUGAUAUCCUCUAUGGAGAACUCCUAUACUGGCAUUCAAGUGCAAUCAACCACCAAAGGUACAAUGAAAGGUUAUCUAGCCACGAGGUUAUUGUUCUCCCAGAAACUGAACAGACAAAUUUCAUGGCUUCCAUGGUCACCUUUGUUGGGAUCCGCAGAUUUGAAGUAUUCUAGUGAGCAGUUGAAGUUAUUAGCUGAAGUUGCCAACAAGGAAUUGCAGGUUAGCAUUGCCUCCUCCAUCAGUCAGCUUAACACGUAUUACAUUGGUAAGGUUAUCGACAAAUACGCAUACAUUCUCCUCACCGUCUCUCAGAUCAUUGGAGAUGAAGUGACAACCAGGAGUACCCUUGCUAAUUUGAAAACUGCUUUCGACACUCUGCUCAAGAACAAACAGCUUUAUCCUCUAAUAUACGAUACAAAAUUUAGUGGCCUUGUGAGUUCUGGGGACUGGGCUUCUACUAGCACCCAGUAUGACUUCGGAAACACCUACUACAAUGACCACCAUUUUCACUAUGGAUAUAUCAUUCAUGCUGCUGCCGUUGUCGGCUACGUUGACAAACAGCUAGGAGGAAAUUGGGCAGAAGAAAACAAGGACUGGGUCAACACGCUAGUGAGAGAUGUUGCAAACCCAUCUGAAGAUGAUACGUACUUCGCACAGUCCAGAAUGUUCGACUGGUAUCAUGGCCACUCAUGGGCUGCUGGCCUUUUCGAAAACGGCAAUGGUAAGAACCAGGAAAGCAGUAGUGAAGAUUACAAUUUUGCUUACGGUAUGAAACUUUGGGGUUCAGUGAUUGAAGACAGCUCUAUGGAACUAAGAGGUGAUUUGAUGAUCAGCAUUAUGGCGGAAUCUAUGGGCGAGUACUAUUUAUACUUGGAUUCAAAUCAGGUUGAGCCAAGAGAGAUCAUUGGGAAUAAAGUGUGUGGUAUUUUGUUCGAUAACAUCAUCGACUACACAACCUAUUUCGGUACGAAUGUGGAAUACAAACAUGGAAUACAUAUGCUACCAAUAACACCAGUUUCUGGACAAAUUCGUCAAGUUCCGUUUGUCCAAGAGGAAUGGCAAGAGAAAUUAGCACCAAUUAUCAGUUCAAUCAACAGUGGAUGGACGGGUAUACUGAAACUGAACCAGGCCUUGUUUGACCCAGCAGAUUCAUAUGAAUUUUUCAGCGACCCAAGCUUCAACUCCGACCUACUUCUUGAUGGUGGGAUGAGCCGGACAUGGUCACUAGCAUUUUCCGGUGGUCUCGCAAACUCCAUGGGUCUGCUUUAA